AUGCAAAAUAUGUAUCAAAACCCCACCGCUUUUGCGCAGCAAAAUGCAUUAGAAAGAAGAGUGAAGAUAAGUGUAAAGGGCUGGCAGAAUGCCACCAGACAAGACCUUGUGAGCUUUGUGAGCCGCAAGACAAGAAUCGCUAUCGUAGACUCGUCAGUAGAGGGUAAUUUGGUGAUAGGUUACGUUAAUAAUCAGAACGAAGCACAGUCUCUUCUGAAUUGGAAUGGUGUUCGUUUCGCAGGUAACGCUUUGAAAUUUGAAAUACUGGGUAAUGGUGGUGGAGAUGCCGGGACUUCCAAAACUAUCGUGCUUUUGAAAUCUUUCCUCUUUAAGCGGUAUAGUCCUCAGACCAAAAUGCUAGACCUGGGCAAUCUUCGGAAUGACCCUGACCUGGCCACCAACGGGCUGUUUUCUUCGCAGACCACACAGUCCAAGAUUUUCCCGGCUAUGAUGAAACUGGCCUCCAAAGAAUCUCAGCUGGUGGUCGAGUCCAUAAACUUGUCAGAUAACGAGUUGAAAGAUCUAAACAUGAUCUCCUGUUUGGCGCAAACGUAUCCUAACCUAAAAAACCUGUGCCUAGCAAACAACCAGAUUUCGCGGUUCCGCGCGCUCGAGGUAUGGAAAAACAAAUUCAAAGAGUUGCGGGAGCUUCUAAUGAUGAACAAUCCCAUCACUACGGAGCCUCUGUAUCGAUCAGAGGUGCUAAGGCUUUUCCCAAGGCUUGUCAUUCUGGAUAACGUUGUAAUCAGGGAUGAAACCAAACUCCAACAGGUGUUCUCGAUACCCAUGAAGUUACAACAAUUUUUUUUCGAGACCAACGAUCUCGGACAGUCUUCCAUAGAUUUCGUGACCAACUUCCUCACACUAUGGGACACUAAUAGAAGCCAGUUGAUGGCUCUAUACACGCCACAGUCUCAGUUUUCCGUGGCAAUUGACUCUUCGGUACCUGCGUCCAGUGUGCCCAACGCAGAUCAAAAUCCGACUUUCGGUUACUAUCUACCUCUCUCACGGAAUUUGACCAAGAUUUCGAGUGAGCGGACUAAAGAGCAAAGGCUCGCAAUGGGUCAAGAGGCUAUUGACAAAAUUUUCAAGUCUCUGCCCAAAACUAAACACUUUCUUCAAGAGCAGGCGUCGAGCUACUCAGUCGAAGCCUUCUCAUAUCCUCAAGUUCAGGGUUUCACAAUUACGCUACAUGGGUUUUUCGAAGAAUCCGCAGCCCCUGAAAUAGACGCCAACAAAUCCACUCCCAACUCGGCCGGCGGAAGGAAUAGACGUUUCAAUCAUGGCCACGGCAAUACUCCCAACAAACUUGCAAAAAGAUCAUUCGAUAGAACAUGGGUCAUCGUGCCUUCCCAGGGCACUGUUAUUGUUGCCUCAGAUCUUUUGACUAUAAGACCCUUCGUGGAUGGAUCUUGGAUUCCUCAGCAAGUGCAGCCAGAACCGGUUCUAGCUCAAGGACAAUCACCCCUAUCCCCGCUGGGACCACAAGGCGUACAACCCAUAACCCAGCCACAAAUUCAACCCGUUAUUCCCGGAGUUCCUGUACAAGGAGUGGCUGUUACUCCUCUCAUAUUACCACCUGAUGUUCAGGCAAAGCUCAAUCCGCUUCAACUCGAUCUUCUCAACAAAAUCCAUCAAGAAACCAAGCUCAAUGCUGAGUUUACUUACUUGUUGGCGGACCAAAGUGGUUGGAAUUUCGAUGUUGCCAUGAAGGGGUUCCGUGAAAGUGUAAAUAACAUUCCUCGAGAAGCCUUCGUUUGA